AUGGCUUCUCCUUUCAAGUCCCUUGUUCAUGAUGAUGAAUGUUAUGACAAGUCCUUCGCUGUGUUUAAGAUGCAUAUAGAUGCACAUCAGUACAAAAAAGACUUCAUCUGCAAGACUCUGCCUGACCAUCUGGCCAGCAUUGGGGACGGGAAAUCGAUAAAGAUCAUUGGACUUGGGACUGGAGAAGGUGAUUAUGACAUAGAGAUGCUCUCCCAUAUGCGUCUGAAGCACCCAGGGGUGCUGCUGGAUAACGAGGUGGUGGAGCCAAGUGCACUUCGGAUUUACAAAUAUAAAGAGAGGGCGGCUCAGAUGUCCCACUUGGACCCAGUCAACUUCACCUGGCACCAGAUGACGGCCUCCAAGUUUGAGGAGCAGUGGAGACAGAGAAAUAUCACCAAGAAGGUCGACUUCAUCCACAUGCUCCAUGUAUGGACUCGUACUUGGUUUCCACAACGGAACACAGCAGAUAUAAAGCAGCUGCUGGACGAAGCUGGAGUCCCGUACCAGAGUUAUAAGGUGCCGGCUAUGCUGGACAUCACCGACUGUUUCACUGAAGGACAUGAAACUGGAGAGCUGAUUCUAAACUUCAUCACAGAGAUGGUUAACUUUAGAAAGACAGCCCCACAUGAGCUCAGAGAGGGGGUACUGAGGAUGCUGCAAGACCCUCAGUGCAGUAUGGAGAAAAAUGGAAGAAUUCUGUUAAAUACUUGUGAAGAGUUCAUUAUCGUGGAAGCAACCGAUUAA